AUGGCUGAGGAAUCCUCCAACAAGAGAACCCGUGCCUCAGGCGAGGUGCUUGAGUAUCUUCUUCGGGAGUUUGACAAGAACCAGAACCCGACGCCAGACCAACGAAAAGAGAUCAGUGAACGAACUAACAUGAGCGAAAAGGCGGUGAGGAUCUGGUUCCAGAACCGCAGAGCCAAGCUUCGUAAGUUCGAGCGAAUGGGCAAACCAAUCAAGGCCCAGAACGGCGUCUCGAAGAAUAAUGCCGCUCUGUCGACGUUUUCCACCAACCUGAGCUCGAGCAUCCAUUCUUCCCGCUCCAAUUCGUAUUCAAGCAUGUCAGCGCUCCACAUGCAGAGCAUCAGUACCGUGGAAGUGAACGAAAAAUACUGUUUUAUCGAUUGCUCAUCGCUAUCUGUUGGAAGCUGGCAGCGGAUCAAAAGCGGCUCCCACGAUGUCAAGCUCCAGCAGCUGUUGGUGAAUCUAGCUCCGUUUACGCUUAAUGGGGUGAUGAAGAAUGUCGACUUGAUGGUGAUUUUAUCCCGCAAGAACGAGGAGAUCAACUACUUCUUUCUGGCCAUCUCCAACAACUCCAGGAUUCUCUUCCGAAUCUUCUAUCCCAUUUCGUCUGUUCUUCAGUGCUCAUUAUUGGACAACAACAUCAACAAGGAGAAUAACGAGUUGCGUCUCAGUCUUGCUCGGAAACCACGCUUUUCGGUGUUCUUUUUUGAUUCCGUCAACUCGAAUCUAAAUCAAUGGUCGAUUUGCGACGAUUUCUCGGAAGGCCAACAAGUCAGUGGCGCCUACUACGCUCCCGGCGGGACGUCCACUCCCCACGUGCUUGUGGGCCCUAAACAUGCUUUGCUUUAUCUCAAAUCGUUCAUCGCUGAGCACAAUUUGAUACACCAUCUGCAAUCUGCGCUACAGAAUUACAGCAACCCUAGCGACGUAUCGCUGCAACAUGACCCCGCCAUGACUUCGGAUUAUCAGCUGGCUGCACUUUCUUCAAACCAAUAUCUGUUAGAGGACAGGUCCGAAGUUCACGGGGACUUGCAAAUCAAGCACGAAUCCUGGAACUCUUUAGCGCACAACGAAAAUGAGCUUACUACUCACGAGACACGGCCGCCAUUUGAGGCGCACCCGCUGUUUCAGCACCUUGCCCACCAAUCAAACCAGCAUGACGAUAGCAUAUUGACCACAACCCCAGACUUCUUCAGCGCCGUGCAAUCGCCUGGCUCCAAUGUCGUGUCCGCAAGCACAAAUAAUGAUGACGAUGGCAGUAGUGGGCUUUUACCUAGCCCGUCCAAUCAUAUGAAUACCAAUGGAAAUGGAUCUCGAGGACGGCUUCAGGACGAGAGCGAUACGCAUGGCUCCAGUGGGAGUGAAGGUCAGCAGAAAACGUCUAAGUAUCCACAGCCAAGCAAAAUUCUGGAAGUCUAUCGGACGCAAAGCCAACAUCAGCCGUCUUUCGACGACCACCACCAUAAUGCACAUGGCCACGAAGCUCAAACAGACAAUCUAUACGACUUUGAUAUCCUGGCCGGUCAUAAUGACGAUUUCCAACCCAACGACCUUCUUGUGCACAGUCCAGAAUUGUCAAAUCACGAAACUCCAGGAGCCUCUACCACUGCUGCCAACCCAGUCGACACGUUCAUUGAUUACAACUCGCAUUACUGA